AUGAUAAUGCGGUUCGCGGGCGCCCAGCACGCGCGCCGCGAUUGGACGGUGCGGGGCGAACGUCCCACAGAGGUAUGCAAGAGGCCACUCGAAGGGACGCAGGCGCACCUGGAUCGCGCGCGCGGCCGUCUUCUCCUCAGGGUCGAGGAGCUACAGCGACACAAGACGCCGUCGCAGAAUGCAGAAUGCGAACAUGAGGCCUAUGUAUGGGUACGGAGGCAGUUAUCCAUCCCAAAUACUCUACUGCAUCGUAUCGCGAUUGCACAGAGCAAGGCCGCCCGCUGCGCUGGCCAGGAUCAUAUCACCGCUGAAACCCUAUUACACCCUAUCCCAGAGUGGGGUCCUGUCCCUGAGGCCCGCCGAGACGGUAACACAUCCCAGGACGCUUCCCCCCCUGAUGGACUGCGCAGGCGUCCUGGCAGCAGGAUCGCGGGACCCGCUGUCCAAGGGGACGGUAACAGGGUCUAUGGCGCAUGGAUGGGAUGGACAUGGACUGAAUGGCUUGGACGGGAGGCAUGGAUGCACCGACGCCAGAUUGUCGCUUCCAGACGAAGCGGCAUGGGAUGGACUGAAUGGAUCGGACUCGAGCGGGCGCACAUGCGCAGCGUGCACGCGCGUGCGCGUGCUCGCCGCUCGUCACGGCCCCACACUGCGGGAGCAAGGAGCAGGCAAGCAGCACCUGCCCUGCCUCUCCAGUACCAAGUGCUAAGAACGGCUUGGCAGAACGAUGUGCCCGCCCUCGAAGCUCGACGCCCGAGCGGCGAGCCCUGCAACCGUGUGUUGGCUAAGCGAGCGGCCACGAUUAGGAUCAGGACGGCGGUGGAGCUGCUGCCGGAGAUGGACGUGUCGCGCUGCGCGCGCGAUGAGGACGAGCUGAGAACUGGCAUGCACGACACUACGCAGACGCACCGCAGAGAUCCAGAACACCGAGCAGAGAACAGCAGCCCGCGCCGCAGCAGCGCGCCGGGCAGACCCAUGACGCGCGCGGAUGGGGCAGGCACAGCCCGGUCCCCCGCUGCAGCGCGCUCGGCGAAUGAGGCGUCCGGGCGCGGCGCGGCGACGCCUGCCGGGGCCCCUGGGCUCUUACGUGCAACGCGCGAGCAGUGCGGACGGAGAUGCGCGAAGGGGCCCCGGGAAGGAGCGACGGGCAGGAUAGGCAGGGGGGGCGCCCGGGAAAGGCAGGAGCGGCGCGCAAGAGGGGACGGCGGAAGGGGGGAAGGGGGGAAGGCAGGGGAAGAGAGGGAGGGAGGGAGGGAGGGGGAGGUGGGGACGGGAAACGAAGUCGAAGUCGAAGCCGAAGCCGAAGCUGCGAAGCAGGCCCUGGUCACGAUAGACGGCUUCUGCGAAACGUCUUCGCGUUGGUGGACGAGUGCGUUGCUGGAAGGGCCCGACUGUACGAACGGCACAGAGGAAGAGGAAGAGGACGAGGACAAGGGGACGGCUGCAGGUGGCGAGCACGGCCAGACGCGUCCCCGCGAAGUCGAAGUCGAAGCUGCUAGGUUCAGACAUAGAGCAGACGGCUGCAGUCCACAGGCUGAGGCUGAUCCUGCGUGCGAUGGCGAGCGCUUCCUGAUACAGUACCUGCAGGGGGCGCCGCAGAUCAGGCUCGCGUUGCCCCAAAGGGCGUGCAGCAGCUGGCGGCGCAGGUGGCCGGGCGUUCCCACCGGGCGUAUGUACCUUUACGCGCGGGCUAGCGUGGGAAGGACGAGUGUGCAAAGUGCGAAGAUGCAGAGCUGCAGGACGGGCGCGGCGAUUCAGAGUGGAGGGGGCGAAGCCGCACGCUGGAGCUGGGGGGAAGAAGGAUCGGCGCGGCAGGUGCUCUGCCUUUCUCCGCUGGACGCGCCUGAGGCGAGCUUCGCGCGGCGUGGAGGACAUUUGAAUGGGAGCACCGUUGCGUGCGGCGACGAGCCGCACCGUGUCUGGUGGCCAUCGGAUAGGGCGUGGGACUGGCACUUGGAAUCUGCGAUCAGAGCGAGGAGAGUCAGUCGACCGGUCACGCCUGGCGGUGGGAUUCUGGUGGCCGACGAGGGAGACCGAAUCGCGAUGCGAGAUGCCUCCGCCGCGAUUGAGUGGCUGAUGGAGGCGCCGCGUGCCUUGCGAUGGACGCCGGUGGCCAACACGGCAGAUUCGAGCGAGAUGCUGUACAAGGUCCGGAUGACCGCGGUGAUGUCGACGCGUGGGCGUGGGCGCGCGCGUGGGCGGACGCGAAUGCAUCGGCCCCAGCGACCUAUCGGCGUAUCUGGCAAACAAGAGCAGCGGGGCCAUCGAUGGCGUGCGCCGUCCGCGCAUGGGAUGUGCGUCCGCGCGCGCGGGACACGUUCACUCAAUUGUUAUGGCGACCCGGGGGCGGCGCCGCUGUCCGGCAGCGUCGGCGCAUUAUCGAUCGUCGGCUGGGUGGACGGCGACACGCAGGGCCGCGCACGGGGAUUGGCCGGAGAGAAGACAGGCGUGGCGGCCGGCGUCGAGGAGGGAGACCCUGCGCUGCGCGUAGCGUGCACUCGUGCGGCCCGUGUGCGACGACAAUAUGACGGUGGUGGUGAUACAACUGCGGCGGGAAGUGCAACUUGCGAUGACAGAACAUAG